AUGAAGCAACUCCUGCUCCUCUGCGCCGUGUCUUCGGUGGUCGGGACCGUCGCCGCAGAGAGAUCGUCCUGUGUGAAGCAUGCAGCGUUUUCCUCCGUGAACUUCGAGAACAUCCUCGUAUGGGAAACGGAGGCGGAUGUCCCUCCCGGCACCGCUUUCGAUGUCCAGUACAAACAGUAUGGCGAGAAAGCGUGGCUCAACAAGCGCGAGUGCCAGGGCAUCACGCGGCCCUCCUGCAACCUCACGCGCGAGACCGACAACGURGCCGAGCACUUCUACGCCCGCGUGCGGGCCCGCGCGCCCGGCGCCUGCUCCGCGCACUGGGUGCCCUCGCAGCGCUUCGAGCCCCGCACGGAGACUCUCAUUGGAGCCCCAGAAGUGGAGUAUAUCCCUAACAUACGCUCCAUAAAGUUUCUUAUACAGCCCCCUUACACCCCGCUGAGAGGUGAGGACAACCGCCAGCUCACCGUCGAGGACAUUUACAGCAAAUUUGGUGCUGUUAACUAUCACUUAACAAUAUUCAACCAAAGGACACACCAAAAGUGGACAAAGAAUGAGCACAACAAAGAAUUCGAAGUUUCCAGUUUGGACCCGGACACCGAGUAUAACGGCACGGUGCACAUCAGCCUCCUGGAGAGGAGCAGCCAGGUUCGAGUGUUUUGGGUUCGCACUUUAGCAGAUACCACCUGGCUUCUCUACUGUUUGGUGGCGCUCGCGUUCGCCGCGGGACUGGUGUUUGCCACAAUCAGCUACAUGAUCUAUAAGUACAUCAAGCAACGCAGUGCACAGCCCAUGGCCUUGGAUUUCAGAGGGAUUUCACCCUUCCAGCCUCUUACGCUGACAGUGGAGCAUAUUAUAAAGCCCAUUAAUUUAUCCAAAGCUGCGCUUUUCGCCCCUGAAGUGCAGUCGCCGCAGCUCAGCCCGCACUGGGACAAGGCGCUGGAUGCACAAGGCUCUUCUCGCGCACCAGAACCUCCCUAUCAGCAGCAGGCCGAGGUGGCGGCGCUGCCGCCGGCCGCGCGGCCCCCCUGCUCGCCRGGCGCCUGCCCUCCCGCGUACGCCCCGCAAACGGCUCCGCGGAGCGAGCCCGGUGCCACGCGCGGCCCCCCGCUGCCCCUCAGCUACGGCGUGUGCGGGGAGGGCGCCGGGCAGCCCGGCCAGGGGAAGCUGCAGCCAAACCAGGCACCAGCGGAGGUUUAUCUUGUUGGCGGAAAGUUCCUACUCCAGAGUCCGGGCAUAAACGGGAGCCACUGGAAUUACAAAGAGCAGAGGCCAGGGGUGUCCGGAUGGGAGUGCGGCGAGGCGGGAGCCUCUGUUCUCUCGCAGGAGAGCCCUGUGCCAACACAUCAGCCCGGGGCGGUGCCGAGCACAGCGCAUGGACCCCAGCCCUUGGGGGGCUGCUGCAGACACCAGGGCGCAGAACCGCUGCUCUCGCUGCCAUCGCUGCCGUCACUGCCAUUGCUGCCGUCGCUGCAAGUCCCUGCUCCCGAGGAGGGACCCCUGCCAUCUCUCUCCACAGGUUUCCUCCUCUCAGUCUUUACCAGUAACUGCCUCCCUGAAGAGCGCGACACAGAGUGGUGGAGGUCACUGCAUUCACUGCCACGUCCCGAAAAUAAACUGUGCUUCCCAGAGACUCAAGGAACAGAGCUGCUGACAGCAGCCGAGGAGCUGAACUGCACAGAACUGAGUAACGCUGCGUCCCAGGACGCUGGCUCAGACCAGGACAGUUGCGUCCCCUUCACUAUGUGGUUCAAAGAUAUAGAUCUAAAGGUUCAGUGGGAGCACRGUAUGGAUGAGAACACAGGCGUUUAUUAG